UUUCUUACCACGCGCCUGUGUCGUCAACGUCACACGUGCGCGUUAUUUUACAAUUGUCUUAAAUCAAUCAAUAAAACAAUCGAUGUUAUCGUGAUAUACUCAACGGACACUGAGCUGGAAAGGACACGUCCACCUAGUAGUAUAAACGAGGCUUUAAAUAUAGGUUAACAGCUGGUGCACACGCUUCCUUUUCAAUUCAUCUGAAAACCCCCACCACCCGCGAGUGAACCCCCACCCGUCUAAUAAAAAAAAAAAAAGACUUACCAGGAAACGAAAGAGCUGUGGCUAUUUCAGUGAAGCGGUAGCCAGCUAGCUCAUGACAACCUCCGUGGCGAGACCUGGACAAAUGAAGCCACCACAAACCCGGAGAAGGGGAGUGAGUGCAGCAUUGUUUUUCGUGCUGUUUACCUGCACGCUCAGGUGUUCUGGAUGUGAAAAACCAAGCAAUAUCGUACUGAUCUUAGCCGAUGAUCAGGAUGUGUAUCUCGGGGGGAUGACCCCUAUGAAGAAAACCCAAGCCCUGAUUGGAGAUGCUGGAGCAACCUUCUCAAAUGCUUUCACAGCGACCCCACUGUGUUGUCCCAGCAGGAGUAGUAUCUUAACAGGGCGGUACCCCCAUAACCAUGCCGUCCGGAACAACUCCCUAGAUGGUAACUGUUCCAGCCCCCUUUGGCAGAAAGGUCAAGAGGCCACAGCCUUCCCUGUCUACCUCAGCAAACAGCAGUACCAGACCUUCUAUGCCGGGAAGUACCUCAAUCAGUACGGGAAGAAGGAAACCGGUGGUGUAGGCUAUGUUCCCCCAGGCUGGGACCAAUGGCAUGCACUUGUUGGUAACUCUCAGUACUACAACUAUACUCUGUCUGUCAAUGGGAAAGAGGAGAAGCAUGGGGACAGUUAUCAGAAAGACUACCUGACUGACCUGAUAUUGAACAGAUCUCUCCAUUUCCUGGAUAGCCGGAGCCCUCAGCGACCCUUCUUCAUUAUGUUGUCCCCUCCUGCCCCUCACUCCCCCUGGAUUGCUGCCCCUCAGUAUGAGAAAACCUUCCCUGAUGUCAAAGCCCCCCGUGAUGGCAGCUUUGAUAAACCUGGAAAGGAUAAACACUGGUUGUUGCGGCAGCCUAGCAACCCCAUGACCAGCACCUCCCUGGACUUUCUGGAUAAUGCCUACAGGAAGAGGUGGCAGACCCUGUUAUCAGUGGAUGACAUGGUGGAGACACUGGUCAAGAAACUAGAAGCAUUGAAUGUGCUUAAUAACACCUACAUCAUCUACACCUCUGACAAUGGCUAUCACACUGGUCAGUUUUCUCUGCCAAUUGAUAAGAGGCAGCUGUAUGAGUUUGAUAUCAGGAUCCCCCUCAUGGUGCGUGGCCCAGGCAUCAAACCCAAACAGACUCUGCCAGCCCCAGUGUUGAAUAUAGACCUGGCACCCACUCUUCUGGACAUCUCAGGACUGAACCUCUCAGUCGUCAACAUGGAUGGACAGUCGUUCCUCUCUCAGAUGGCCCCCGAGCUACGUAAUGGAACAGCUCGCCCGUACUUCCUGGUGGAGUACACAGGAGAGGGACACCUUGGACCUGACCCUGCCUGCCCCAAACUGGGCCCUGGUCUGUCUCAAUGUUUCCCAGACUGUGUGUGUGAAGACGCCUACAACAACACCUAUGCCUGUGUCAGAACCCUGGUGGAACCCAACCUACAGUAUUGUGAGUUUGCAGACACUGAGUCAUUUGUGGAGGUUUACAACUUGACCUCUGACCCACACCAAUUGGAAAACAUUGUUAAAAAGGUUGACCCCACCCUCCUCCAAGCCAUGAACCAACGACUGAUCAAGCUACAAUCAUGUGAGGGCGACAGCUGCCGUGCCGCCAAUAAAUAAAGACUGCAGGCUGGGCGGCAGUAGUUUUGUGCUAAAUUUUAAUUGCAAAUUGACAAAUCCAUAGGCAACAAAAUAUAGAUCUGAAAGGGUUUAAUAGAUAUAAGCAAAUGUAGUGAUGAGCUUGUUUAAGAUGGAACAGGAAAUGCCUUGAAAGAAGCUGGUUAUGUUCAGAAGAUGCGAGUGUCACCACAUAGCCUGACACUAAGUGAUUUUUACACAACACAUUUCAUGUAGAUACGGCUGUCAAUGUUUAGGAAAUCCCAUUUAGAAUGUGAAGACGAUGCCCUUGGAAAUGGUCCAAUUUGACAGAUUUUGCCUGAUAUUCACAAUCUUGAUCUUUUAGAUCUAUGAAAGUGCAUAGGAGGCCAGAGAGGUGGUCGAUUGGUUAUGAUUAGCAUAUUGAGCACUGACCUACCUGAACUGUGCUGACGGCUCUCGUGGUGUGUGGAUGGGCUUGCCAUGUCCCUUAACCUACCCUCAGCCCAUCCGCAUUGUGUGAAGUUGCUGAAAAGCAGAAACGUUGCCCUGUGUAAUCUAAUUUAUUGCGUAACAGGUACACAUUUUAUGUGCAGAUGAUUAUCUUUACGUCAGGAGGAGGGGUUAAAAUUGAAAUAACCACAUCAAUGUUUGGUAAUAAAUCUGUGCAGAAAAUUUAACCCAUCCUAGAAUGCACACUUCAUCGUAACUGUGGUCAUUAUAUUUGAGUAUAGGUCUUACAUCCAAUCAGGACAUUUCACUAUUAAGCUGGAGCCCACAAAGUUAUUAGAGGUUGCAAUGGCAGGUACUUUCCACAGCGGUACAGGAUUUUGACCAGAUUUAGUCCUGGGGUAACUGGAGUAGGAAGUAUUUCCUAGAUACUGAUGUAAGGUCUUUUCGCUUUCAAGUUUAGGAUUUAUGAAAGACGACCUGAUCCCUUAUCUGUGCCCAAGGCCAACUUAACCAACACUUCAACUUAGCCACCCCCCUUUUGGUUUAUUCCCGCAGGGUGGCAGAAAACGAUGCAAGUAGUGAAUUCUGUUGCAUGAAUGGAAGUGACUAGAUCGGCUUCGUGCCCAAAUGAAAGGGUCUGGUUGUCUUUUCUGCUCAUUGUAUAUGUGGUGUACGAAGUGGAUCGCUGUUCACAUUUAGUCUAACAGCACUUUUAUAGGAAAUGAAUGAGAGAGUAAUUUGAGAAGUGAAUACUGGAUGAGCCUGUUCCUUAAGAAUGUGAACCCAAAGUCUCUUCUGUUUAUGUACGCCUUUCUGCCCACAUCCUAAUAAUCUGUACUUGUUCCCAAAGUGUGCACUUGUUUGCUUCCCUUUUUGUAUUUUGAGGAAACGUCUGUUAAACUGUUCAGGGCAUGUCUAUAACAAUCCAAUGCUUUUACAGGUGGCAGGAGUGUAAAAGAGCACUUUGUAAGGACAGAUUAUUUGGACAUUGGCCAACUGAGACAUUGGCUUUAGUCAUCAGUAGAAGUUACAUAUGUAUACCUGAUUUGUAUCACUCGAUAUUCCAAAAUCUUGUACAAUCUUGAGUAUUUACCAUUACAGUACUGAUGAGAGCCUCUUUAAAUGAGAAAUUAUGUUUUCCUGUUUGUUGAUUGGACAUCAUCUUCCCAAAUUGUUUUUAAAAUGAAUGUUGCCUUAGACAGGAAUAUAUAAUUGACAUAAGGGAUAUUUUUUAUAUUCUAACCUUGGAUAUGGAUGAAGAUGUCAUCCAUGCGCCUUGUCAUUUUGCACUGAAGCUGCUUUUUAAUGCCUUGUUCAAUGUGAAUAUGGCUGUAUGGUGAGAAAUCAAUAAAUUAUCAGCAUUCCAGAGUUUAA